GCUUCAUAAAAGAAAAAAAAUCCUAUGAAAGUUAUGAUUUUCCUUAGAAUUCAAUACCUUUUUCAUUUAUUGUGAAUCUGCCUAAUAUGUUUGCAUGGGUGGAUAAAUGAUCAUAAAGGUGUAGUUGGUAAGGAAAUCUCUGUGGAUAAUCAUGGUGGUGACAGCUCUUCCAUAUUAGCUGAGCCUGUAGAACAAAUAGCGCCACCACCACAUUCUGCUUCUCCCAUUGUUCCUCUUCCGUUAGCUUCUUCACAUACAACUACUGCCAGAGAGAAACCAUCAAGAAGGGGCAGAUACUCUCUUCAAGAAUUUGCAAAGCUCCAGGCUGAAGAUCCAGAAAAAGCAAACAAGUAUGUAUAAUUGAAACUCUUUUUGUUGUGCUUGUUUUUCUGAGUUGGUUUUGCUUCGAAGUCAAGUAGGGUGGUUAUACGGUACAGUCCGGUUAAAUUGGUUCGAAUUGAUCCGGUCCCGGUCCGGCCUUGAUUUUAGAUUGAACUUGUGGAAAUUUGAGUGGUCUGAGACCUCAAAAGGUGAGGAGUUGGUUAAGUUUUGGGUGUUGGGCUCUCCUAUCCGGUCUUCAUCCGGUUUUCGAUCCGGUCCGAAACGGGUUUUUACCUCAAAUCUAACCCCAAAGAUGGGAUUAGAUUGUUUGCUAUCGGGUUCCGAUCCGAGUUAUACGGUCAGGUUUCGGGUAAACCCAAAAAGCCCGGACCAAAUCGCCAGCCCUAAUAUCAAGUGUUAAUUAUUAGUCGUUCCUAAUGAUAUUUUUGUUUAGAUAUCCAAACAUGUUUCAUGGAGACAUCAUACAAGUUCUUAAUACGGUCAAAUGAAAUUGAAAGUUAACUCGAUCGCUAGUUUGAAAUCCGAACAAUGUCGAGAUAUAAUUUGCUUUAUUUUGAACUAUGGCUUUGUAUUAUGACAUUGGCACAUAGGAUGUUGAAGAAUCGAGAGCUGGCUUGUAAGGAAAAGGAGAGGAAGAAACUCGCAGCAACUAUCCUCGAGAAAGAUUUGGAAAAAGUCAAAACGGAGGCCUCUCAAUUGGGCUCUAAAUUUGAAGCGAUGCAGGUAUUUAAUUAAUAAUUGUGUGCUUAGCUUCAGGUUUUUUAACAUCUUAAGCUUAAAUUGUAUUGUAGAAACAAUUAAGUGGAGCACUUCUACUAUGCUAUAAGGUAUUGGUACUUUAAUGUACAACUUAAAGUUGUACCAUAACAUUAAAUGUACAAGUUCAGGUUGUACCAUAAAAGAAUUUGUGCUCUUAUGUUAUGGUACAACUUUAUAACUUAAACUUGUACCAUCAAAUGAAAGUACAAGUUUAAAUUGUACCAUAAAACAAUUUGACAAAAGAGUAUAGGUACAAUCUGAAGUUGUACCAUAACGUUAAAGGUACAACUUCAAGUUGUACCAUAAAGGGAAAAACCUAUAGCACCAAUAUUAUAUAGCAUUAUAAAAUUCCUCUACAUGAGAAUAUAAUUCAUUAUGAUCCAGAUCAUGCAUAAAUUUUUCUUCUAUCUCUGGGCAUGUGUGUAUAUGUGUGUGUGUUGACCAACUAAUGCAACUAAUGAUGAUCAGCUUGAGAACAAAAAGUUAUGCGCUGAAGGUGCAAAACUGAAACAACAUCAGGCUUACCUCCAGAACCAAUUGGCCCAUCAAGACGGUAAAUUAAUUCCUAUUCUCAAUCUUUUCAAUUUCUGCUAGCUGUAUUUGAAUCUCUAGUAAAUCAUACAUAAUAAGAAAUCACAUUAUUAUAUCUAAUUAGUGAUGGCAAUGGGGCGGGGCGGGGCGGGGCGGGUACCACAAUUCUCAUGCCUCACCCCACGCUACUACGGGGCGGGUAAAACCCGCGUGGGUACGGGGCGGGAUGGGUCGACUCACUCUUACAUGUUAUUCGAAAAAAAUACAAGUAAAUUUUACUUUUUACGAUAAAACGAAGGGUAAAACACUUUAAGAAUGAAAAAUAGUGAUAAUAGAAUGGGUAAUUGAGUCUAACAAGUUGAAAGAGCUGACUCUAACCAGUUGAAGAAAAGUCAAAAUAGGAGAAAUAUGUAUAGAAAUUGUAAGAAAUUGAGAUAAAAUGAGUCUAGAACGGGGCGGGGUGGGGCAGGGCGGGUCGGAAGUAGAUACCCAUGCCCCGCCCCACGCUACUGCGGGUCGGGUAAUACCCGCCCCAUCGCGGGUAAGGUCGGUUAAUACCCGUGGGCGGGUUGAAAUUGCCAUCACUAUAUCUAAUAAAAUUUUUUUUGUUUUGUUUUUUGACAGAGGUGAUUGAAAAAGUGAGAGCAAAACUAUCUGAUUUGAUGGCGGCAGCACCAUUAGUUGUACGUGGUAAUAAGAGGAACUACAGGGGCAUCCAGGAGUUGCAGGGUGAGGUCCAACAAGUUCAGCAACUGAUUGCCCAACAACGCCUGUUGCCCAACGGGAACCAAAAUCUCAUGCUCAACAACAAUGUGCAAAAACUCCCUGAUGAUCACCAGCAGCAGCAAUCGGGCCGCCAUCUCCUGCUGCAGCCACAACAGAGCUAUAAUUUUCCAGCUGCUGCUGCUGCCAAUGGCGCUUCUUCCUCACUGGCCAACAAUCGCAUCAACUCAGCAAGCCCAUAUUAUUUUACCUUUCCGUGAUCUUUGCAUGCAUGCGUAUGCUAGACUAUGAAAUGAUGAGAGGAUCAUAUCUUUGCUGAAUAAUCUCUUUUUUCUUUUCUUGCGAACAAAGACUACAUAUGAGGUGGUUGAGGGAGGCCAGUGACCUCUUACAAAACUGAAAACUCUGUUGUCGGAAGGAAUCUUUUCAUCUAUUUCUAUGAAUUUGUUGGGAUUCAGUCUUUUUUUUUUAAUUAGUUAAAUUACAAUUUUAUAUGCGUAUUGAGGUCACCGUCCAUUUUAUAUAAAUAAAUUAUUACGUUGAUGGGAUCAUCGUUACAAAUCUCGCUCGUCAAGCUGAUGACUGAAAAAGUCGAAUUUGUAACGACUAUGGUCAUUUAAAAAAGUCAAUUCAUUAGGAUAGGCAAAAUAAUCCAUCUUUGGCUACCCAACAAAGUUCAAACCAAUUAUAUUGGGGAAAAUUUGAGCAGAGUGUUUUUUUUUUUUUUUUUGGCUCAGCUAGCUUCUAGACAAGGUACAAGAACAAUCUCACAGCGAGGAGGCAUAGGUCGAACUUUGGCCGAACCAAGUUAUAUUCCCGGUUCGGUUCAAAAUUUCGAUAGAGCCCAAACUUCCCCUGCCCUUCCUCUUUUCUUUACGCUCUCUUCCUCAUUUCUCCGCACAGCUUCCUCCCUCUACCCCAACAAACAUGUUUCUUCCUCUACCAGUUAAUUAUCAAACGACCACUCCAUCUCCCUCAAAUCUCUGUUCUUCUUCCACCCCUUCUUUUUCCCGAAAAUUCGUCUUCCAUGAAGUUGAGCAGCGAGAAGGUUCAAAAUAUGUUGUGGCAAGAUCUGGAGGACUAGAACGAGAAGUGCCUCUUACCCAUCGUGCCUUCUUUGCCUUCUCCUCCACCGGCGAUCUACGUCUUGAACUUUGCCUCCACUGAGGAAGGAAUCGGAGAUGGAUGGAUGAUGGUGAUGAGGGUGUGGGCUGCUGGUGGCAAUUCUCCUUUGCCUUUCUUUCUUCUUGCCAACUGCAUACGGUUGUGGCAUCCUCCUCGAACAAACGCUAUGAUAUUUGCUGGUGGCGGGUGAUUGAAUUGAAGUGGGUAAUGCUAGAUUUGAUUGAAGGGAGGCAGGGUCGGACUUGGUAGUUGGUGGCGACAUUGGAUUGAAGGAGAGCAAGGUCAGAGUUCAGAGAUGUAGAUUAGGAUUGGGUUUGGGGGUUGGGUAUGUUGGUGAGGGAGAGUGGGCUGUCUUGGAGAGUGAGAUGUGAUGGGGAUCGAUGUGGGUCGUGACCCGCGAUGGGAGUGGAUUGUGAGGGAGAGUUGGUUUUCUUGGGUUUUGAUUUAUUAUUUUUGGUUUAUUGGUUCAGAAUUCGGAAUUAGAAUUCGGUGGUGCAAACCCUGAUUUCCAAAAUAUGACUUUCUUCCGAAUUCCGAACUGAUUAGUGAAAAUUUUGAUUUCGUUCGGUUCGGGCUUGAUUCAGAAGUGUGAACCCAAACCGGAUGCCAACUCCUAGUUGUACCUACAAAGCCUGCAAAGCAACCAAAUGGAAAGUCGCAUGCCUAACAAGUCCAUGAAAGAAGGUCAGCCGGCCGAUACUGGAUAAGAUCAAGUACAUGUGGCAGGUUGGUAGCUAAGUGUCGUCCCACCAUCAUUUCGGUUGAAACAAAAUCUUCCUAUUAAGGACUUCCUCCAACACUACCUUUCCAUUCCUAACAAGAGCUGUGCAAAAUCCACCUAUGUAGAACCUCAAUGGAGUUCGAAAAUGAGAACUCUGAGACACAAGGAUGGCUCACAACGGUUUAGACACGAAAAAAAGGAUAGGAUCGUU